AUGUUGCUUCAGAAACCCAAGAAGAGCAAGCAGAGCGUCAAGGGAAACCGUCUCUUGAUCAACAUCAAUUUCCUGGGCAGCGCUGGACCCAUCCGUUUCAUCGUCAGUGAGGAAGAGCUCGUCACGGCAGUCAUCGACACCGCCCUUAAAUCUUAUGCUCGCGAAGGUCGUCUCCCUGUUCUUGGCUCUGAUCUCAAUAAUUUCCUCAUCUACCGCGCCAAUGCCGGAGGCGAUGCUUUGAAUCCAUGGGAUACUAUUGGAUCACGCGGAGGAAGGAAUUUUGUGAUGUGCAAGAAGCCGCAGCCGCAUCAGGAAACCAGGUCGGUUGGACGAGGGAUUCCAGUUGGAGCUGGAAAAUCUUCGCCGUCACCGAUGAUUUCUACUGCUCGGAAGGGGAAUAGUAGCUGGAAAUCAUGGCUUAACAAGUCCAUUAGUCUCAAAUUAUAUUCGCAUUGAAGCAAAAAUCUUAAAUUCAAUAAGAAAGAAAGAAGAAGCAGGAAGAUGUCCUUAA